CGCUUGCAUGCCAUUGCAAUUAGUUUAGUGCAACAUUUACCAACUCCGGUACAGUAAUGAUCAGACACCCGCGAAAUUAAAAUUCUCUAGUAACUGAAGGACUUCAUUAGAAUAAACUAUAAACUAUAACAAAAUGAAAAUCACUAUUGCUGUAGUAGGCUUCGGUCUCUUGGCCUUGCUUGGCACCACACACGCCACUGACUGGUGGGAGAAUGGCAACUUUUAUCAAAUUUAUCCGCGCUCAUUUAGAGAUAGCGACGGGGAUGGCAUUGGGGACCUAAAAGGUGUCACGGAAAAGCUGCAAUACUUGAAGGAUGUUGGUUUCACAGCUGCUUGGCUCUCUCCUAUUUUCAAGUCUCCUAUGGUUGACUUCGGUUAUGACAUAUCGGAUUUUUAUAAAAUACAUCCUGAAUACGGCACAAUGGAAGACUUUGAAAAUAUGAUUAAGAAAGCUAAAGAAGUUGGCAUAAAGAUUAUACUCGACUUUGUGCCCAACCACACCAGUGAUGAGAAUGAGUGGUUUGUUCGCUCUGUUAAUGGUGAUCCAGCUUACAAAGAUUUUUAUAUUUGGCAUGACGGAAAAGUCAAUGCCUCAACUGGUGAACGUGAACCGCCUAGUAAUUGGAUAAGUGUGUUCCGCUAUAGCGCCUGGGAAUGGAAUGAGGUACGUCAACAGUAUUACUUGCAUCAGUUUGCUAUCAAACAAGCUGAUCUCAACUAUCGUAAUCCAGCUGUAGUCAAUGAAAUGAAAAACGUUAUGCGCUUUUGGUUGGGUAAGGGAAUUUCUGGUUUUCGUAUAGAUGCGGUGCCGUAUUUAUUCGAAAAGGAUCUCGAUCGUUAUAACAAUUAUCCCGACGAACCAGUUAUUGAAGAUGUGUCCGUAUGCCCAGAUCCCGAUGACAAUUGCCAUCUACAACAUCCCUACACUCAAGAUCAACCGGAGACAUUUGAUAUGGCAUACCAAUGGCGCGCAUUAGCGGAUGAAUUCAAAAAAGAAAAUGGCGGUGAGACACGUGUGUUGAUGACGGAAGCUUACACAAGUUUCGAAAAUAUUUUGCGUUUUUAUGGAAAUGGCAUUCAAAAUGGUUCACAUGUGCCCUUCAACUUUGACUUUUUGACUAAUAUGCAAAAUGAUACCAAAGCUGGAGUAGUUGUUGAACAUAUCAACAAAUGGCUCGAUAACAUGCCAACUGGUGUACAUGCCAACUGGGUCUUGGGCAAUCAUGACAACAAGCGUUUAGCGUCACGUUAUGGCAUACAACGUACUGAUCUGUUUAAUAUUCUUUUGCAGACCUUGCCAGGCAUUGCGGUUACUUACAAUGGUGAAGAAAUCGGUAUGACAGAUGUUUAUAUUAGCUGGGAGGAUUCAGUAGACCCACAAGCUUGCAACACCAAUCCUGAAAAUUAUUAUGGUGUUUCGCGAGAUCCAGCCAGAACACCUUACCAAUGGGAUGCUUCCAAUAAUGCAGGUUUUUCAACCGGUGAUCAAACUUGGCUGCCAGUCUCGGACACUUACAAACAAAACAAUGCUUUAAUGCAGUUGCGAGCACCACAAUCCCACUUGCAAAUCUUCAAGAAACUUAUUCGUUUGCGCAAGGAACCUUCCUUCAAGAAUGGAGAAAUGAAAAUCAAAGCGAUUUCGGAUGAUAUAAUAAUAUAUUCGAGACAGAAAGAAAAUAGUGACAUGUAUGUAGUUGUCCUUAACUUAGGUGCUUCAGAUCAAGUUAUUAAUAUAAAUGAAAAUUAUGACAUGGGAUCCAAAGCAGAAGUCAUCACUGCUUCAGUGCAAUCACAAUAUGUCGAUGGCGACACAUUGGAUCCAACUAAAUUCACUGCGCAAGCUUACGUUGGCACUGUUCUAGUAGCUGUACAAUAAUUUAUUAAUUAAUAUACUAUUUUUUAAAUUAUAUAUUUUGUGAAUAUUAAAGUUUUAUAAUAA